AGGUUUAUAUAUAAGAGAAGGAAAACACAACAUCUCUUAUUUAGUCCCGCUGAGCAAAGACGCCAUGUGGUGGUUGAGGAUAGUGGUGGCAGUAGUGGUGGUGGUGGCAGCUGUCGAGAAGCCUGGUUGGCAGCCUCGCUUCCUUGGCCAAACUGCUCUUAAGCAUGCAGCGUUCACCGAGGCGUACAUCAGUGAGGAUGAGACCUUGGACUACCUAGACCGCUGGACCAUAUACAUCUCAACCUUCGACCCUUUUGGUGGGGUGGAUAACGUGUACAGGAUGAGAUCACCUGGACGGUACCUGGACGAUGUGGCUUCCUGGCAGGUGGAGGUGAUGGAUAACUCUGCCUUCUGGCCCAAUAACCCUGAUUACCUGCCAAGUUCCAUAGGCGGCGCUGAAGGAGUGAUCUGGUCGUCGGGGUUCCUGGUGCCGGGCAAGACGGAGGGACAACUACAGAUGUACAACACCACCAAAGACCCGGUGCUCGGCCCCUACAACAUCGCUUCCAAGGACACGUUGGCGUGGUCGUAUCAUCGGGUCGUGUGGAAGGACAUGGAUGUUGAUGGUGAUCUGGACGCCCUCACAGCCAGGUUCCAUCAGCCUCUUAUAGGCUCGACAAAACACGACCUAUUAUGGUUUGAGAACACAGGGGCCGGGUUCAGCGAGGGGUGGCCGGCUCAUGUGGUGUCCAGUGGUGGUCCUGAUGUCCACUUCGCCCUUGUCACCCUCAGCGCCGGUGGCCGCGACUACCACUGUAUCGUCGUGGGAGAGUUCUUUAACGAGAAGGUCUCUAUCUAUUGGACCGAGAGUGAGACCAACGACUGGACCGACCUGGACCUGGUUAAGUCCCGUGUAAUUAAUGAAAAAGCUGGCCAGGUGUUUGAUGUGUUGGUGGACGACUUCAACCGUGAUGGAGUGUUGGAGUUCUGUGCCACUGAGUUCAGAACUGACCUAGGCGUUGGUCAGGUCACCGUGUACUUCUUCCCAGAUGACUUCAGGACGGACGAAUUCCCUCACCUCAAGAUAGCCGACGGGUUCCGCCCUAACCAGGUGUUUGGGAGUCCGACGAUGUCCCCAGGUACCCCCAAGGUCUACUACCCCUCCAAGGCUUACGCUGAUGACGUGGCUGAAGAUGGCCUGCCACACAAGCCCUUCCUCCUGGUGUCUGGGGACGAUGAUGGCCGUAUGUAUGUCUUGUAUCCCAACACUGAGGACAGGAACGACUGGGUCUACCAGAAGCACAUACUUGUUGACACCGAGAUGACCACCAUAGGCAAGAUGACUCACGGUGAUUUUAACGGAGACGGCUAUGAGGAGGUGGUGGUCGCUGGCUACACCAUCGGUCAGCUUUAUGUUUACACUUACGCUCCCUAACUCCGACCCCAAGGACCUGAUGACGUAGGUGUACCCAACUGCCUGACGGCCACUCACCUCUAUGAGUUAACCUGGAAGUUGGUCUCUUACAAGGCGUCGCUGGCCAGGACCAACACCGCACAACAUUAACUUGUGUAAUCAACAAUGUCCCAAAAAUCACAGGAAAAUAUUUGUAUUAUUAGAGUUGAGAACAUUGUUACCGUCAUAAAUAUAUCAAGUGAAGUGACUGGUGUGGA